ACGGGUAAGUGAGGGAACCAGCGGGGCAGUGGCGCGGCGAAGCCCACCGCGGACGGCUAUAAAACUUCGCGCGCGAUGGGUUCGUUAGCUCGCCGAGUCCCAGACCGCGCAGGUCUAACACAAGCGGAGGACGACGUAGCCAUUUACAGGCCUCUAUCGCGACGUCCGUGAGCAUGGGGGCCGAUGCAGUGAUGAUCCAGCCCACCGUGCUCCUCGUGCCGUUCCCGGCGCAGGGCCACGUCACGCCCAUGCUGCACCUGGCGCGCGACCUCGCCGCGCACGGCGUCGCGGCCACCGUCGCCGUCCCGGACUUCAUCCACCGCCGCAUCGCCGGUCUCGCAGACGCCGGCGGCUGCGGCGUGGCGCUCGCGUCCAUCCCCAGCGGCAUCACGGAGGACGCCGGCGCUGGCGACGAUACCCCGGGGUUCGGUGCCAUCGCGCACGCCAUGGAGCACCACAUGCCCGCGCACCUGGAGCGCAUGCUGACGCGCGGCCGGCCCAUCGCCUGCGUCGUCGUCGACGUGCUGGCCUCGUGGGCCGUUCCCGUGGCCGCGCGGUGCGGCGUGCCGGCCGCCGGGUUCUGGCCCGCGAUGCUCGCCAGCUACCGCGUCGUGGCGGCCAUCCCGGAGCUCAUCGAGAAGGGGCUCAUCUCCGAAUCUGGUACACCUAUCUCGUCGAAUCAAUACGACAUGGAGGACCAGAUGAUCCGAGGGCUCCAGAUUCUGCCGGCACAGGUGGAGCUGCGCACCAAGGAGCUGCCGUGGCUCGUCGGCGACAAUGCCACCCAGAAAUCGAGGUUCGCCUUCUGGCUCCAGACCUUGCACCGCUCGAGGAGCUUCCGGUGGGUCCUCGUCAACUCCUUCCCGGGCGAGGCUGGGUGUGCCGCCGCGGCCGACGAGGACGUGCAGCGCCCCGCACGGCAGGGCCCGCAGAUCCUCCCGGUAGGACCGGCGUUGCUACCCGGCAUCAGCAGCGCCGAGUUCACGAAACAGCAGCAACCGUGCAGCAAGAACCCCAGCAUGUGGCGCGCGGACUCGACCUGCAUCGGGUGGCUGGACGCGCAGCGCGCCGGGUCGGUGGUGUACGUCUCGUUCGGCAGCUGGGUCGGGCCGAUCGGUCCCGACAAGAUCCGCGAACUGGCGCUGGGGCUGGAGGCCACGGGCCGCCCGUUCCUGUGGGCGCUCAAGAGGGACCCCUCGUGGCGCGCCGGCCUCCCCAACGGGUUCGCCGAGCGCGCCGCCGCCACCGGGCGCGGCAAGGUGGUGGACUGGGCGCCGCAGGAGGACGUGCUCAGGCACGGCGCCGUCGGGUGCUACCUCACGCACUGCGGCUGGAACUCCACCGUCGAGGCCAUACAGCACGGGGUGCGGCUGCUGUGCUACCCCGUGUCCGGGGACCAGUUCAUCAACUGCGCGUACAUCACCGGCCUGUGGAAGAUCGGGCUCAAGCUCGGCAGCAUGAGAAGGGACGACGUGAAGGGCUGCAUCGGGAAGAUCAUGGAAGGCGACGAGGGGAGGCGCCUGCAGGAGAAGGUCACUGCGUUGCGUGGGAAAGUCGUGACGGCGGAGGCGAGGCGCUCGGCGGACAGGAACGUCAGGUCUUUCGUGGACGAGAUUAAGAGAGAUCACCCGCUGUUGAUGCAAAUAUACAGCGUAUUGUAGUGAUCCACGUGAACGUACAUGUACAUUACCUUUUUUUUCUUCACCAUGAAAAUGGUUACGAUCCAUGUUAACAAAAUUUACGAUCUAUCGCCAAAUUUCAUCUUAGCAAGGUUGAACAA